AUGUCUUCCCCCCGCUUCGAGUCCGAGAACGUCGACCCCGCCCCUCUGGGCAAGCCUCUCAAGUUCGAGUUCUCUGGCCGCGUCGCCAAGAACCGCUUCCUGAAGGCUCCUCUGACCGAGCGUAUGUCCUCGUGGGACUUCAAGAACCCCCAGAACCGUGGCAUCCCCUCCAAGGAGCUCGUCAACCUCUACCGGAGAUGGGGCGAGGGCGAGAUUGGUGUCGUUGUCACCGGCAACACCUUCUUCGAGCCCGAGCACCUUGAGGCCAUGGGCAACCCCAUCAUCCCCAAGGAUGCUCCCUUCGAGGGCGAGCGCUUCGAGCGCUUCAAGGAGAUGGCCACCGAGUGCAACAAGAACGGCGCCAUCUUCCUUACCCAGGUCAGCCACGCCGGCAGACAGGUUUGGGACGCCAUCCAGCCCAACCCCAUCUCUGCUUCCGACGUGAGGCUCGAGAGGGAGGUCAUGGGCAUGAACUUCGCCAAGCCCCGUCCCGCCACCCAGGAGGACAUCAACGGCAUCAUCGAGGGCUUCGCCCACACUGCCGAGUACAUGGAGAAGGCCGGCGGUGACGGCAUCCAGGUGCACGCCGCCCACGGCUACCUGCUCGCCCAGUUCCUGUCGCCCGACACCAACAAGCGUACCGACAAGUACGGCGGCUCCAUCGAGAACCGCGCCCGCAUCGUCACCGAGAUCGCGGCCGCCGUUCGCGCCCGCACCGGGCCCAACUUCGUCAUGGGCAUCAAGAUCAACUCGACCGAGUUCCAGGACAACAACACACGCGAAGAGGAGAUCAAGACGCUGAGCAAGGUGCUCGAGGCCGCCACCUUCGACUUCGUCGAGAUCUCGGGCGGCUCGUACGAGGACCUCGGCUUCCUGCACAACAAGCGCGACUCGACCAAGCGCCGCGAGGCCUGGUUCCUCGAGUUCGCCAAGAUCAUGGCGCCCAACCUCUCCAAGACCAAGUCGUACCUCGUCGGCGGCCUCCGCACCGUCGGCGCCAUGGUCGACUGCCUCAACACGGUCGACGCCGUCGCCCUCGGCCGCCCGCUCUGCCAGGAGCCCUGGCUCUGCCGCGACAUCCUCGCCGGCCGCGUCAAGGGCGCCAUCAUCCAGAAGGGUGACCCCACCGACUACCUCUUCAACACCAUCGCCGCCGGCUCCCACAUGCUCCAGAUCGGCAAGGACCACAAGCCCACCGACCUCAGCCAGGAGGAGAACUUCCAGAACUUCCUCCAGGACCUCGGCGCUUGGGGCCAGAAGAUGGCCACCAACACCGAGCUCCUCCACUACGGCUGGCCCGACGUCAGCACCGGCAACAUCCUGCCCUACGCUCCCAACGUCAUUUAA